AUGAUCGUAACCCGGCGCGUGGUUGGCAUUGCAUGCCUGGCCGUGCUCGUGGCUGUGUUGGCAGCAGGCCCCGCCCAUGGAGCACUGAGCGACGGCAUGGAGUGCCAGCGGGUGAACGAGUUGCUCGACAUCAAGGUGUACUGGAACAAAACGUCCGCCACGACAGUCGACCUUGCUAUCUCGGCACCCAUUGACGCCGGCUGGCUUGGUCUCGCCCGCUUUUCAGGCGGAACCAUGUCGGGUGGCGAUUUUGCCUUUGCUUUUCUCGACGGCACAACGCCCAAGGUGCUGGACGGCUUCCGCUCGGCAGCCGGCAACGAGGUCAUCUCGAUCGACUCAACCAACUCACUGACCAACCGCGCGGUCGAGCGCGUCGGCGGCGUGCUCACGGCUCGAUGGACCAAGGCGCUCGAUGCACCUGCCGACAGUGAGGAUUUGACGUGGGCCGGGACCGGCUCCAACGCCAUGGCCUUUGCCAUGAGCACGUCGAACCCAUCGGAUCCGCCGGUUUCAAGCGACUUUCAUUCUGGCGCCUACAACAAGUUCUCAAUCGACUUCACCACGACGGCAGUGUGCACGCCACCGCCGCCGCCGGCCGCGCCGCCUCCACCGUCGUCCGCCGCCGUCGACCUUACCGACGCCUUUACUUAUGCCGACGGCGAUUUUGUGAUGAAGUUCAAGGUUGAUACGGUCCGCAAUGUCAUCUCCAUGUCGCUGUCCAAGUCCGGCACCGCCGGCUGGGUUGCUGUCUGCUUCACCACUCGCCCCGGCCUCAUGGGCCCCGGCGAUGUGCUGAUGGCGUACGCGUCGACUGCCGCCAGCGGCGGCUACAUCGUCUCCGACCGGCAGAACCCAUCCGGCCGCGCCGCACCCGCCGCUGACGCCCAGCAGGACGCCCAGGCCGUGGCCGGCGCCGAAGUCGGCGGGCGAAUGACCGUCGAGUUUGUGCGGGCGCUCAACACGAACGAGGCCGGCGACGCCGUCAUCACCAACUCAGACAUCAACAUUGUGUGGGCCAUCGGGUCGGCGACGCCCGGUGGUGGCGCAGGUACCGCCCUCUCGCUGCCGUCCAAGCACGCGUCGACGUCGACGUCCGAGAUCAAGAUCAACUUCUUCACCGGCAAGGUGACCGAGGACAAUCUCCGUGAGCGCAUCAUCAAGGCCCACGCCUGGCUCAUGAUCCUUGCCUGGAUCUUUAUGAUCCCCGGUGGCAUCCUUACCGCCCGCUACCUCAAGGACGCGCUCGGCGUCUGGUGGUUCCGCGUUCACCGCGUCACCCAGUGGCUCGCUGUCCUCAUGACCUUUGCCGCCUUUGGCAUGGCCAUCUGGUUCACCCAGGAGGACUUUAAGGGCGAGAACAAGGCCCACAAGAUCAUCGGCCUUCUCAUCGUCAUCGUCACCUUCUUCGAGCCCAUCCUCGGCGAGCUGGCCAACCUCAUGUGGUCGCCCGACCGCAAGGGUACCCCCAUCUUCCCGGACAUCCUCCACUGGUGGUUCGGCCGCUUCCUCUCACUCUUUGCCAUGAUCAACGUCUACCUCGGCAUGAAGGCCAAAGAGUGGGGCGCCGCGCCAUACGUCAUCGUCUCGCUCGCCAUCGCUGGCUACUUUAUCGCCUUUAUCGUCCUCCAGUUCUUCGUGGGCGCCGUCCAUCACAACGCCUCCGACGAUGACGAUGACGGGACCGAGAUGAAGUAG